AUGUCAACAUUUAUCUCUGCCUAGUUCAACUUUGAUGAAACUUGAAUUUCUCUGCCUUGCUCAGUUUUUGUAGAGAGCAGCAUGGAUGUUGUUCUGGAGAUAGAUGGAGUUUGGGGAGCAUGAGGUAGUGGUUGUUCUUGACUACAUGGCUGGCAAUUCAAGCACUUGUGGUGGUGGUGGUGUUGUUACUUGCUGCUGGUGGUGGUGGUGGUGAGAGUUUGUGGAGGAUGGAGUCUGGGGAUGGAUUCUUUUCUGUGGAUAAUUUUUGCAUAGAUCCCAAGUUGCUUAUUGACCCUAAGCUGUUGUUUGUUGGACCUAGGAUUGGGGAAGGUGCUCAUGCUAAAGUCUAUGAGGGCAAGUACAAGAAUCAGAAUGUUGCUAUCAAGAUUGUGCAUAAAGGGGAUAACCCUGAGGAGGCUGCAAAGAGGGAGGCUAGGUUUAUGAGAGAGGUCAACAUGUUGUCUAGAGUUCAGCACAAGAAUCUUGUCAAGUUUAUUGGGGCUUGUAGUGAGCCUGUGAUGGUGGUGGUCACUGAGCUUUUGCUUGGGGGCUCUCUUCGCAAGUAUAUGGUUAGCAUGAGGCCCCGGUGCUUGGACACUCGUGUUGCUGUUGGAUUUGCGCUUGAUAUAGCACGGGCAAUGGAGUGUUUGCAUGCUCAUGGGAUCAUUCAUCGUGAUCUGAAGCCUGAGAACUUGUUACUAACUGCCGAUCAAAGAACAGUGAAGCUUGUUGACUUUGGUCUUGCAAGGGAAGAGACACUAACAGAGAUGAUGACAGCUGAAACUGGAACAUACCGGUGGAUGGCUCCAGAGCUAUACAGCACUGUCACAUUGAGGCAUGGGGAGAAGAAACAUUACAAUCACAAGGUCGAUAUUUAUAGCUUUGCCAUAGUACUGUGGGAGCUGUUACACAAUCGAUUGCCAUUUGAAGGAAUGUCCAAUCUACAAGCCGCUUAUGCUGCAGCUUUCAAAAAUGUCAGGCCCAGUGCAGAAGAUCUCCCUGAGGAGCUAGCUUUGAUUUUAACAUCUUGUUGGGAAGAAGACCCGAAUUCCAGACCGAACUUCAGCCAAAUAGUGCAGAUGCUUCUGAAAUAUCUGUCGACUAUCUCACCACCUGAACCAGUAGUCCCUGCACGAGUAUUUAGUUCUGAGAAUGUGGUCUUACCGCCCGAAUCUCCAGGGACAAGUUCAUUGAUGGCUGUUCGAGAUGAUAUGGGUGACACUCCAAAGGCCCAGUCAGAAGAGAAAUCGGGAGGAUUCCUAUUCUGUUUCAAACAAUGCUAUUAG